CGUGUCUCCACCCCUUUCCUGCCUCUGUGUCCCGUGAGGCAGCUGAUUUGAAGGUGUUGGGACAUGCUCCGUCCCCGGAGGGGACAGAAAUACCCAUCUGUGGGGGCACACGCAAAUGACAUGCAAAGGAGAGCGGUCGGGUUCCUGCCUGGGGCACCGCGGCAAGGUGACACUGAGAGCCCCUCGCUGCCAUUCCCUGAGGUGCCACCACGGCCGCUCCACGGCCAUGCUGGACGUGCCCUUCCUGCCUUUCUGCGCCUUCCUGGGAACGCUGGGGUUGCUCUGCGUGGCCAUGGUGGGCACCUGGUGCCAGCACUGGCGCGGGGGCUUUUCCCUGGACGGCAGCUCCCGGACGUUCAACUGGCACCCGGUGCUGAUGGUGACGGGACUGGUGGUGCUCUACGGCGCAGCCGCCCUGGUUUACCGCAUUCCCAACACCUGGAGUGGCCCCAAGCUUCCCUGGAAGUUGCUGCACGGCGGCUUGGCUUUGGGAGCUUUCGUCCUGACCGUGCUGGGGCUGGCGGCCGUGUUCUGCUUCCAUAAUUCCCAAGGGACGCCCAACAUGUACUCGCUGCACAGCUGGAUGGGGCUGGCAACCGUCCUGCUCUUCUCCUGCCAGUGGGCGGCGGGUUUUGGAGCGUUCCUGCUUCCCUGGGCUCCCGCUUGGCUCCGGGCGCUCUACAAGCCCAUCCACGUUUUCUUCGGCUCCACCAUCCUCAUGUUGUCCGUGGCUUCCUGCGCGUCGGGAAUCAACGAGAAGCUUUUCUUCAGCCUGAAGAACGGGACCAUGCAGUACAAGCUCCUGCCGGCUGAGGCUGUGUUUGCCAACACCCUGGGGCUCCUCAUCCUCAUUUUCGGGGUGCUGGUGGUGGCUGCCCUGGCCAGGCCCAGCUGGAAGCGCCCGGAUUCCAACUCCCCAGACUCCCGCCAGCCCCUGCUCUCUGGUGAGCGCUGAUCCCGGGGAUCUCCCAGCAUUCCCAAGCUACAUCCUUGUGCCUCCACGUGCCAGCUCCUGCCUGGAGCCCGGGCCGUGCCAAACCCCAGCGCUUCCCAGUGCCAUCCCUCAAUGCCGGAGCUGCCGCAGCCUCGCUGGGACGAAGAGGAGCACCCGUACCGCUCCCACUCCAGAGGAUCCGGCUCAGCGUGGAGCCACUCAGGGACCUCGUGGACAUGGAAUAAAACAUUGGCUUCUGCAGGG